GGUGGAGGAGGUAUAUUGUAGAUUUGCUUCAUUGACUUCUGUUUCCAAAAUAAACAAACAGCACACUUGACUUUUCAGAACAUGCGCGUCUGAUAGAACGGCAUUCCAAAUGAAAUCAUUCAAUAUCUUGGGUAUUCCAGACUUAGUAGUAGCUAUAGGCCGGGAUACGUACUUAGUAGUAGCUAUAGGCCGGGAUACGUUAAGUCACUAACCUCUUUACACGCUGUGGACACAUCUAAUGUAUUCCUUAUAAGAAAUACUUAUUGAUUCCCAAGACGAAAUGUCUACAUUGGAUAAUUGAACGCAAACCGUAGUGGGGAGAAAGAGAACCAGAAUGAAAAAAUGACCAAACCAAAGAAUAAAAUUGAACCUGACGGACAAAUGUCAAGAGAAGACACCGUGGCUGACCUUUUAGUUAGUACAAGUACAGCCAACACACCACCUUUAAACCAUGCUAAUCAUUUCAAUCAUUUCAACAAAAAACAAGUCCAAAUAAGCACUAAACUUCCAGACAGUGAUCAAGAAACUAAGAUAGAGUCCACCUUGCCGUUAAGUAAAAUAGUAGAGCAAAUGAAGACACAACAAAUGCUUCAAGAUAGUAAUCAAAGCAAAAAGAGGAACACGCUUGUUUGGAAAGACAGAAAUGGCGAACUGUUUACCAAUCUGUCUACAGAAACUAAUACUGAAGCCCAGUGUUCAGAUGUUCUGGACAAUUUCUAUUUCGACCGUCCGGAUUUAAUAAUCAGAAUCAUUGGUCAAACUAAGCGUGAUGGAACCAAUGCAUCAGAGCAUAGAGAGUAUCCAGACCUGGAGUACUGUCUCUCGUACACAGGUAAAGGUGGGAUACAUUUGUUGCCCGAGGACAUGAAAAGUAGAGUGAUCAAUCUUCUGAACGAAACAGGUUCCUGGAUUGUAUCUUCCUUCGAGGAUCACGAUGUCCUAGAGAGUGCAAGACAACCCUACGUCAUGCCGGUCAAGGUUGAACCAGAGGCAUUUCCUGAAGUCUCAAUAUGGCCUCAAUCGUUCACUUACUCAGCGCUAUAUCUGGCCAACGAACAGAAAGUAACCAAGAAAACAGAAGAGUCGCCUUAUGAAUGUAUUCUGGUUGCUGAUGGAAAUGUCAAAGAUCUUACCAAAUUGCUGAGAGGAGAGAACACAUCUGAGUCAGCUGUUGUCAUCCUCAAGGGUGCUGGUCAUUUAGCAGACGUUUUGGCUGAUGCUGUUUCCCGAAAAGAAGAUACAAGUCUGGAACAAGUCGUUACGAAACUGAAUGAGCUACAAAAGACAAGUUUUCCUGUACCUAGUGACUUGGGGCAGACUUUUCACAAGUUUUGUAAAAGUGCAACAAUAUUUAAGCAAGACUUACUGUUACCAGACUUAGGCAUUGGAAGUACUAUUUUGAAUGCAAUUAUUAAAGUGAAACCAACCAGAAGAUUGAAAUUGCUCAAACUCUUUGUCUAUUUGGAUUCUUUUGAAUUAGCUGAGAAAUUUAUUUUUCAACCAUUUUGUAAGCUGGAAGAAUGCUAUCCAGUGGUCCAGUUAGCGUAUGUUCAUAAACGCUUGAGAUUUAUUGACUACUUCCUGAGAAAAGGCUUAUUCUGGGAUAUGCAGAAAAAUGGCUAUGUGAUGAACAGUGUUAUAACAGACUCCAGGGCCUUGCACUUUAACGAGACACUUCACCGCAACACGAGCUUCAGCAUGUAUUUUGAGGAGCAUCAGUUUCUCUGGCAAGACAAUCAACUGGAUAAUUCUGAUUUCUAUGGGAUCUGUGACCAUCUGUUCCGACAAUGUCUGAUGAGUGAGGACUUCAAGAUGUCCAUGUUAUUUUGGUUAAAAACACAGAAUCCUCUUGGAGCUCUACUUCUGGCUUACAACUAUCUCAAGAAAGCUGCCCGCAGGGAACAUAACCUUCUGAAAAAGAAAGCAAUCAAAUCUGCUUCGAAAGACUAUCAAGAUUUAGCCGUGACCUUCGUCAACGCCUGCUACGAGAAGGACGCUGAGACCACGCUCAAGAUGCUCACCAGGAAGAUGGAGCGCUACGAUAACCAGUCGUGCAUAGACAUCGCCAUGUCCUCCGAAAACCUGGACUUCUUAGAGCAGCCUGCGUGUGUGACUAUUCAGAGGCGGGUCUGGAACUGGGGCUACUUGUGGGACUUCUAUUCGGACAACGCUAGUAAAUUGGACCAGUUUGAAGUAGAGUCUGGCUCCCAAAAGCCUAAGUCUAUAGUCCGAGAGCAGUUUAAAAAAAAUUGGUUAAAAUAUUUUCAAUCUCUCUUUGCACCUGUGACAAUGUUUUCUUUAAAUGGAAUGGGUCUCUUAGUCUUUAUUUUUGCAUUUUCACUGACCCUACUGGGUCGACUUGAGCAAAGCACAUUUCACUGGCUGGAAUGGUACCUGGCAGCCAAUGUUGUGGUCAGUUGUUUUGAAGAAUAUAUGGAGAUGAAGGAUUGUUUCAAUCGAGGCAGAUGGCUGAUUUAUUUUUCAAGUGGCUGGAAUAUUGUUGACAUGUUGUCCAUACUUUUAUUUAUCAUUGGUGCUGCCCUCCGUAUUGUUGCUUCCUUUAAUAGCACAAGUGACAUUUGGUUUGACUUGGCCAGAUUAGCACUGUGUGUUGACUUCAUCAUUUUUACCUUACGUCUGCUGCACAACUGCUACAGCAACCAAGUGCUGGGUCCCACGUGUUCCAUGAUCUUCAAAACUGUGUUAGUGUUAAUGAAGUUUCUCUACAUCCUGGCUGUGAUUUGGAUCAGCUACGCCGUGGCAUCUGAGGCCAUCCUGUAUCCAAACAGUGUCCUCAAUUCGUACACCAUGUUUUUUCUUCUACGCAAGGCUUACUGGCAGAUGUUUGGUCAAUUCUUUCUGGACGAAAUUGAUGCUGGGAAACCAACAGACCCCAACACUUUGGCCUGUACCACUGACAAAAAUCUGUAUGCUGAUUACCUGGAGCUCAGGUGUCCCACCUAUCUAGGUCGUUACGUGGCUCCUAUACUGAUGGCAGUCUAUGUGAUGUUUGUGAACAUUUUACUGUUUAACUUAAUUACAGCCACAUUUACUAAAUCCAUCAAAAAGAUCCAAGUGCAAUCUGGCAAGCUGUGGAGAUUUCAGUUUUUCGAAUUGACGAGAGACUUCUCUAAAGUGACCUUCUUGCCUCUUCCCUUCACACCCGUGUCUAUGUUGGCUAGAAAACUGAACGAGUCCAAGAAAGAUGAGGAUGGAUUUUCUAUUUAUCAUCAACGCUCUGACCAUAGAGCUCGCGAGAAUGCGUUGGAGAGCAGCAUUAGAGAAUUGGAAGAAGUUUUAGAUAACCAACUAAAAGAUAUUAAUAUUCUUAAACAAGCCAAAGAAAACAUCAAAUAUCAAAAAGUAAUUAGCAGGACAAGACUAGACACCAUCAAGAAAACAUUUAAUGAAAUAGAAAAGUUCCUUAUAAAAAUGGCAAUCAUGGACUAUCUAAUAAAAAAACCAGCAGAAAAUGCUCAAACAUUAAUUGCAAUUCAAGACAAUGAGAAACAUUGUUUGCUAAACAAAUUGAUUCAGUACAAGGAAAACGAGCUUUCAAAAAAUGGGAAAACUGCAAAUGAUAAAAACAUGUUAGGAAGUAACAAAAAUGAACUUGAUUUAUGGGACAAACACGUUAAUGGCUUAUUGGCUGAAAUAUGUAAGUUUGGCCAAGAAAAUGAUAUUAUCCAACACAUUUUUAAGGAGAUUAAAAACUUAAAAAAACACAAGUACACCAGUGCAGCUCAAUUGGACACAGUUAAAAACCUGGAGCAAAAAGUAGAAGAACUGAAUCAAAUCAGGCUCCCGAAAAUAUUUGAUAAAACGAACGUACAAGACAGGCGUGUGAAUAGAAUUAGAGCAGUCAGAAGACGACUUGAGGACCUUCACUGUCUGUUAGAGCAAUCGCCAGAUCAAUCGAUUAUUGACCAGAAUGAUAACUUUUUCUUCCAACUGCAAGAGAAGUUGAAAGGUCUUAAGACGGCCUUGACCUCACUUCAGUGUAUCUACAUUCGUCGUGAGACUUUGAAUAAAAUCAAUGCUUUCAGUGACAUUGUGUCCCAGGACAUUAAAGGCAGAGACUUGUUAGAGACUGAAGCCAAAAUCAAAGACCUAGAAGUCUAUGUUAUUCAGAAUCACAUGGAACCCAAAAUGCAAAAGAAAAACUUUAAAGCUGAAGAUGAACAGGAAAGCAGUGAAGAAGAACCAGACGACAAAGUAGACACCCUAUCAAGAAAUACAAAAAGUAAAGAUGACAAGACAAGCCUAUCGAAAGAUGACAAAGAAAACACUGAAGAUGACAUUCCAUUUAUACAUUGGAUUCCGAUGUACAGUGAUUCCCAGGUGACAGUGAACAAUGAUGAUUCUACCACAUUUAUACAAGAACCCGAAGAGUUAAAAUCAAUAUCAUUUAACCACAAAGACACUAAACACCAUGUGGACAGAAGAAGUUACAUGGGUCGUUACGAACUCCAUGAUGGCAAGCCUUUAAAUCCACUCUGGGAUAAGACUAGUGAAGGCUUCUCUUCAUUAAAAAGAUGGGGACCGAACCACUUUGGAAUACCGGUCAUUACACGAAUAAAACGGAAGAAAAAUAAAAUUUUUCGAAAGGCUAAUAAAGUGGAGCUGGAAUUUUUGGUGAGAAAAUCUAAUCUACCAGGCCAGUAUGAAUUCCCACAGAUACCUUGUUUCCCUAAUCAAGAUCCUUUCACUGAGUUCAUGAGAGACAAGUCUAAUUAUGUGAAAAAAGUCUUGAAAAAACACCUGUCCUUGUCAAGUAUAGAGAACUUGUUGAAUGCAGUUAGGCAGCUAAGAGUGCUGAAUCGCUGGAGGAAACCGGAACCAAACCCUGGCACAAGUCCCUCAACUAAGUUAUCACAUGCUGAAAACGUUGAACAUAAGUCGCCAACUAUUUCCAAAACCAAAAGCAAACUUUGUGAAACUUUUCGAAACUGGUUUCGCAAGUCCAAAAAACCUGAGCCUCUUACCAGCAUGUUGAAUUCUCAGAUUCAUGUCAGAAGUUGUCAGAAAGUCAACACAGUGUACAUAGGUGUGGCUGAGGAAGAAAUGUCAAAGCACAAAUGGAAGGAGAUCAGGAUUAUCAACUACCACAACCCCAAUGCAGAGAAUCAAGCUAAAUUAGAGACUGAUGUAAGUCUUGAAUGGGUCGAUUCCAGUAAAUACAAAGACAUCAAAGAGGUGAAAUUUAUCAGUAUCAAAGAGACCACGGGAAAGGACAUUGUCAAAUUUGUUUGUGCUUUACAUGACGCUUAUACGGAGAGACCCGCUUCCGCCGCCAUUGUGGCAGUCGGCAAAACUAUGUCAUGAACAUAAUUCGACGUUUAGUAGCUCGUGCCUUGACAUAUUUCAUUGAUUCAUUAUAGGGAAUAAAAUUAGCAUCUAGACUAAAUAAAAAGAUUACAUGUAAAGAUGAACAGAAUUGUAAUAGUAGCUAGUGUAUAUUGAUAACUUCCAUCCACUCGCCGUACAGCACCUCAACAGAGAAGGACAUGUAUACGCAUCUUAGUAUUUCUUACAGAAACGUUAUUAUAGAAUAUACAGACCUUGUAUUGAUGAUCCUAGGCGAGACCACUCAUUAUAGAAUAUACAGACCUUGUAUUGAUAGAUCCUAGGCCGAGACCACUCAUUAUAGAAUAUACAGACCUUGUAUUGAUAGAUCCUAGGCCGAGACCACUCAUUAUAGAAUAUACAGACCUUGUAUUGAUAGAUCCUAGGCGAGACCACUCAUUAUAGAAUAUACAGACCUUGUAUUGAUAGAUCC